AUGUUGAGAUCAAAUAAUAUGAGUAAAUCUACCAAACGUCGGAGGUUAUUAGGUGAAUUAAAUUUUAUUCAACAUCUGACUGACGGUAAUGAUUUGCCUGAAACAAAUGAUUUAGUUGAAUUAGACAACCCAUCCCCGUUAAGUGCUGGUAAUAAUAUUCCUUUAGAAUUGAAUAAUGAUUAUCCUAUUGAGGUUGAAAAUUGUAAUACUGAAAUAAUAUAUAAUACCAUCAAUGACAAAGUAACUGAUCACAUCGGACUAAGCACUGUUUCAAACACCUCAAAUCUAGAUUUGAAUGUGAGGAGUGUUGAUGACAAUGGUUCUGCCACGACACAACAACCAUUUUCUACCAAAUUAAUUCAAUGGGCUACUGAACAUAAUGUACCCAAUAACACCUUUGACAGCUUAUUAAAAGUAAUAAAUUCUCAUAAAUGCUUUAAUGAUUUACCGGUUUCUAGUAGAACUUUCUAUAAAACUUAUUCGGGAGUAUCUUAUAACAAUCCUGUUGAAGUUAAAACAGUUUCCCCUGGUAUAUACUACCAUUUUGGUGUACAAUAUAGUAUAAAAAAGUACAUUGAUAAACAUUUUUCAAGUGAAACUAUUAAAUUAGUGAUUGGAAUUGAUGGGUUGCCUUUAAUGAAAAGCUCAGGAAGUGCAUUUUGGCCAAUAUUAGGUUACAUUCGACAGGAAAAUGAAACUGUAUUCCCUAUUGGCAUAUAUUGGGGUUAUAACAAGCCAGAUGAUAGCAAUGUUUUUUUAAAUGAUUUUGUAGCUGAGAUUAGAGAACUUGUUAUAAAUGGUAUUGAUGUUGAAUUAUUAUACAAUAAUGUUUUAACUGUUUUUCAUAAAAAAGUAAUAGUCGACACAUUCUGUUGUGAUGCACCGGCUCGUGCGUUUGUGUUGAAAACUAAAACUCAUACUGGCUUUUAUUCUUGUGCUAGGUGUACAGUUAAAGGUCAAUAUGUAGAAAGGCGUGUAUGUUUUCCUAAUUUACAGUGUUCUAUGAGAACUCAUGAGGAUUUCAUUAAUAAAAUUCAACGUCAAUAUCACUCAGAUGGUGAUGCAACUAAAAUUGUUAGCAUUCCAAAUUUUGAUGUUGUUAACAACUUUUCAUUGGAUUAUAUGCACGUAGUAUGCUUAGGUGUUGUUAAAAAAAUAUUGAUGUUAUGGAAGGGGACUCUUGGAAUUGGAAGAAGAGAUGUUAAUAAUCAAAAAUUGAAUAAUAGAAAAAUUAGAAAUAUAUCAGAUAGACUUAUAUCAUUUAAAACAUGCAUACCAUGUGAUUUUGUACGUAAAGCUAGAUCCUUGGAUGAAUUGGCACGAUGGAAAGCCACAGAGUACAGAUUAUUUCUAUUAUAUGUAGGUGUUGUUUCAAUUCAUUCGAUUGUGCCCAAAAAAUUGUAUCAACAUUUUUUAUAUUUAAGCGUUGCUAUGACUAUUUAUUUGAGUCCUAACUACAGAGAUUUAGCUGGAAUUGCUAAGUAUAUAAUGUUAAAGUUUGUUAAAGAUUUUGGUAGCUUGUAUGGAAAUCACUUUAUAUCUCAUAAUGUGCAUGCAUUAAUACAUUUAUUUGAUGAUUAUAACAGUUUUGGUUCAUUAGAUAGUGUAAGUUGUUUCAAAUUUGAAAACUAUAUGGGACAAUUAAAAAAACUAGUUCGUAAAAGUGAUAAGCCACUUCAGCAAGUAGUAAGAAGAUUUGAAGAACGUUCUAGUCUUAUUAACCCUCCCAUAGUAAACCUUAAUAAUCCUGAAAAUGAAACUUUGUUAAAAAUAUUUAAAAUGGAACAUAAUGAAGGUCCAUUAAUAAGUGACACUACAUCUCCUCAAUUUAAAAUUUUAAUUUUAGAUAAAAUAAAAAUAAAAAUAAAUGUCAAUGCUGACUCAUUUGUUGGCUUACAUAUUAAUUCAUCUUUUGUGUUAGUGAAAGUGAUCAAUAUUUGUUAUAGUCAAAGCUUAAAAAAUAAUGUAAUAUUAGGUAGAAAAUUCAAUAAGCUUGAAAGAUUCUUUGAGAAACCCAUAAAAAGUGAUGAAAUAGGUAUUUAUAAGGUAAGCAACUUUUCUAAAUCAAUUUCCAUCUAUAAAAUUGAAGAUAUAUUCACAAAGUAUAUGGUGUUACCCACACAUGAUUUAGAUUUUUCUGUAGCUCUUCCAAUAAUUCAUUUUAAUACCUAA